CCUCAUCUGGUUUAUAUAACGGUGGCAGGCGCUGUUGAGCCAUUGCACGUUUCACUUUCUGUAUACCAUUCGCCCCGAGUUUGCACACUUGUAUUCUAGCCACCAUGCCUCUCACACCCCUCCGCCCCGGAGUCUAUGCUCCGACGAUGACCUUUUUCAACCCCGACACAGAAGACCUCGACGUCCCAGUUAUUCGCGCGCAUGCUGUGCGUCUCGCAAAGGCUGGUCUGGUCGGUCUCGUGUGCAUGGGCUCCAACGGUGAAGCCGUCCACCUAACUCCCGCCGAAAAGCAAACCGUCAUCCGCGAGACGCGCUCAGCGCUCGACGAGGCCAACUUUUCCAACGUUCCUGUCAUUGCCGGAGCCAGUGAAAACAGCAUCCGUGGCACCAUCGCCCUCUGCAAUGAGUCUGCUGCGGCAGGCGCUGAAUACGCCCUGAUCGUCCCCCCGAGCUACUACCGUUACGCUACCGGCAAUGACGAGACCCUCUACGAGUACUUUACUGCCGUCGCAGAUGGCUCGCCUAUCCCGCUUAUCCUCUACAACUACCCCGGUGCCGUGGCGGGCAUCGACAUGGACUCGGAUCUCAUUAUUCGCAUUUCGCAGCACCCCAACGUCAUCGGCACAAAGUUCACCUGCGCCAACACUGGUAAGCUGACCCGUGUCGCCCGCGCCCUGCACGCCAUUACACCGUCGUCCCCGCUUGCGCCGACAAAGUCGUCAGUCCCCGUUACCAAGACAAGCGCGAACCACCCUUACGUCGCAUUCGGCGGUAUUGCAGACUUCACUCUGCAGACUCUGGCCUCUGGCGGGUCUGCCAUCCUAGCAGGCGGCGCCAACGUCAUCCCCAAGCUGUGCGUGCAGAUUUUCAACCUCUGGAGCGAGGGCAAAUUCACAGAAGCAAUGGAGGCUCAAAGUCUGCUGAGCCAGGCUGAUUGGGUGCUCACCAAGGCGGCAAUUCCUGGCACUAAGAGUGCAAUUCAGUCUUACUAUGGGUAUGGAGGGUACCCUCGCCGGCCGUUGGCCCGGCUUUCCGAAGAAAAGGUCAAGGCUGUCGCGGCGGGAAUCAAGGAGGCUAUGGACGUGGAGCUGACAUUGCCUGAUGUUGCGUAAUGAAUUGAACAAAUUUCCUCUUUCUUCCAAAAGUUUUCAGCCUGGAUAAUAAUAUUCGAGUCCGUAGCUCGUAACAUCGGCAUUUACUCCGAGACUUGCCCCGGACUCUGACCCCGCCCC